AUGACCUCCUGGUUCCUUAGCUCGCCAGUCGAUGAGCUCGUCGAUAAGGCUACUUCCGAAAACUUACCUGCGGGCACAGAGGACCUCGCCUUGAACCUCGAGAUCUGUGACCAGAUCCGAUCCAAGCAGAUCCCUCCCAAGGAUGCGACCAAGGCGCUCAAGCGUCGCAUCAGCCACAAGAACCCCAACGUCCAACUUCUUGCCCUCGGAUUGACUGACGUCUGUGUCAAAAAUGGAGGUCAACACUUUUUGGUCGAGGUUGCAUCCCGGGAUUUCAUCGACAAUCUUACAUCCAUCCUCAAGGCACCUGGUAUCAACUUGGAGGUCAGGAAAAAAAUCUUGGCAUUGAUCCAGACAUGGGGUCGCCUUUUCAUCUCGAAGCGUGGACUCGGAUAUGUGGCUGAUACAUACCAGAUCCUGAAGAACGAGGGAUACGAUUUCCCUCCAGCCGACAAUGUCGGCGCAGCCAUUAUGGAGACAGAGGCACCCCCAGAUUGGACCGAUUCUGAUGUCUGCACUCGCUGCCGAGUCGCCUUCACAUUGACCAACCGCAAGCACCACUGUCGCGCCUGUGGCCACACAUACUGCGGACAGUGUUCCAGCAAGAACAUGGCGCUGCCCGAGCUCGGAGUUACUCAGGAAGUCCGUGUUUGUGAUGGAUGCUGGACAAAGAGGAAACUUGGUCAAAAGAACAUACCCUCUAAGGAUCCCUAUGAUCUAGAUUCGUACACUGAUCUAGGAUCGAGUAUCCCAAUCUCGGCGCCAUCGACCUCAUCAAACACUGCGGCAGCCAAUAACUUGAGUGAGGACGAUGACAUUAUGAAGGCGAUCGAAUUGUCAUUGAAGGAAGCCAAUUCUCGACCUGGCUUCUCUGCUCCCUCUGCCCGCCAGACCACUCAACCUGCCCAAAGUUCGGCAGCUGCACAAGGAGAGGAGGACGAUGCGGAUCUUCUGGCGGCUAUCGAGGCUUCGUUGAGAGAGACUAACAUCAACGAGCAAGCAUCAGCCUCGAAGAAGCACGAUGAACCCACGUCCAACUACACUGCUUACACCUAUUCCACCCAACCUGAGUCGGUCGCUGCGGCUCCAGCUCCGACGGAUGACUUGACAGCAACGGACAAGGAAAACAUUGAGAUGUUCUCGGCGCUUGUUGACAGAAUCCAAACUAUGAACGGCGAUGUUUCAGGAGAUCGAGAGAUCCAGGUUCUUUAUGAGCAGAUUACCAAGCUUCAAGCAAAGGUCACAGCCAGCCUUGAGGAGGCCGUCCAGAGACAACAGGAGGCAAUGCAGGCGAACGGCAAAAUUGACCAGGCUGUCAAGAUUUACGAUCAUUUACUCCAAGAACGACUCAAUUCGACAUAUCAGCGCAGGAUGAAUGCGAACAACUAUGGCCAUCCUGACCACAUGCAGCAGCCUGUCGCACCUGGAUCUGACUAUGCACCUCAAGCUUACCCGCAAUUAACUGGAGCCGACUCUCGAUAUGCACCAUACACUCCUGGUGCACCUUAUAACCAACAACAAAACAUCCCACCCUUCCCUGACUCAACUCAGCCAUCGUAUCAGCCAACAUUACCCCCUGCCACAGCUCCCUUCGCGCCCAAUUCUGGAUAUGCAGCCUCAUCGGGAAUUGACUAUGGCAGUUCUGCUCCAUUUGCGCCCGUCCAAGAUCCUUAUUAUGCCUCUGCACCUGCGCCUGCACCUUCGACAGCACCGUACCUGCAUCAAGACUAUUCAGCUCAGGCGUAUGCACCAGCCCCUCCAGGCGCCGUCAAUCUGAUGGAUUCAGCGGGUCAGUCCUCUUACGCACCUUAUUCCAGUCAGCAACAGUCCUAUGUGAACCAGCAUGCCCCACAGGCUCCAGGACAGGGGUAUGGCCAGGGACAGGGACCUCUGUCUGUUGUGUCUCCUGCACCUGCUGUGUCAACCACCGCGGCCCCGGCGCCUGUUGUUCCUGUUGAAGAGAAACCCUUGAUCGAGUUCUGA